AUGGCUUUGGAGCCACCAACUUCAACACCACCCAACACAAUGCUCAGGGAGGCCAAAACUUGUUCAGUGGCGGCCAGUCGUCAUUCCUCCCAGGGGCCACCGCUACACCAGAUACUUCAAACCCAAGCGAUCAUGGUGCUACUGGACCGUCGCCAUUUGGCGGCUAUCCUUGUUCUGGCCAGUCAAAAUUCAAACCAGUUUUCUGGACAAACUGGUGGUUUUCAAACUCCUCAUGGCCAGUCGACAGUUGCACAUGCUGGAUCUGAUGUGUUGAUUGCGACGGCGGGGAGCAAUCCACUUGUCUUUGAUUUUCUUGCAAAACAAAUGGAAAGUAAGAAAGCGAAAGAGAACGCGGAGAAAAUACUGAAACUCAUUGAAGAGCAGGGCAAGGAGGAGAAUAAAAGGAGGAAAGAGGCGGAUGAAACGCCUGAAAAGUCUGAGAAAAAGGCGGCAGAAAAGCGUGAAAAGUCUGAGAAAGAUGCGAAUGAAAUGCGUGAAAGGUUCCACAACAAGAAAAUUGAUACUGCCCGUGCCUUCAAUGCUGAUGAAGCCGAGAAGUUUAACAAUCUAGUACAAAGUGCUAAGAAAGUUGUGCAGAAAACACCUGGCCCUGGGCCCAUUCUUGCAACAAGCCUAUUCUCACCAACCAAGGCUAUCGAUUCCAAGCCGGCGGCAACUGGACCUAAAAAGCGAUGUCGAUUCGAUGAUUCUGCACCUGCAAGUGGCACCCGCCGCACUCCAUUAGGACCCCACCCCGCCGCCAACAGUCCAUCAGGGCGACCAACACCAUCCCAACUUUUCUCUACUCCAUCUUGGAGUAACCCAGCUGGUAGCGCUCGAGGGGGAGACGGUAAUACUACUGUCCCUAUGGAGGAGGAUCAGGAGGAUCAGGCUGGAGCAAAGCGAUUUACUGGAGCACCACCAGUGUUCAACAAUGGAAAUCUCAAGCCCUCCAACACAAGAGGACGUCCUUAG